AUGGAGAUCACGGCUGGGGCUGGACUCCCGGACCUUCCUCAUGAUGUUGAAAGGUGCUUUGCCACCAACGAUCGUAAUCGCAAUAGCGAUGCUGUCGCGGACAUCACGUUGACCAUCGGAUAUCUAUCCGCCCUCAUCUCGGUAUUGUCGCAAGCGUUGACGCCGCGCGCCAAGUUCAUGAAGAUCAUGUUCUUCGAUCUACUAUCAACCUGUGUGUCCGCUUCGCUUUGCUGUCUGACAAUCUACUGUGCUGUCAAGGCAAGAGAGCAUAAUACCCCGUCGGAUGCCAGUGAGAGCGUCAAGAAUGGCUACAGUAGUGACGCCUGUGCCGUAUCUGCCAUUUGGCUGAUCUUCAUGAUAUGGGUAGCGAACACCAUCCGUGCAUGGCACCCUAUGGAAUUACAGGAUCCGAUGGUGGCCUUUUCGAUCUUUGCAUCUGUCACUAUCACGCGAGCCGGGACCUUCGUGACGGUAUCCGAGGGAUUGGCAUUCGUCUCGAGACUACUGAAAGGCUUUAUGAUCGGUUUCGCCAUUGCGACGGGCGUAUCUUUAUUGAUCUUGCCUAUUACCAGUCGACGUAACGUUUUCCACGACAUCAAGGGCUAUGUGGCGCAGAUUGACGCAGUCCUGCAGUCGCAGAUCGCAUUCGUGGAGCAUAGCCCUCAGUUACUAACCGGGGGUCAAGGACUGUUGAAUAGGACGCGCACGGCUCAGACGGUUCGCGAUGCUAAGGAUAAUCCUGGGUCUGAUCUGGAGUCACGGCAGAAACAGCUAACGACGUCGAUCACGAAGUUGAACGCCCUUCAUGGCAAACUCCAGUCCGAUCUGUUUUAUGCUAACGAUGAGUUUGCAUGGGGAAAGCUGUCUGCGAGUGAUUUAAACCGUAUCGGCGGAUUAUUGCGAAGCAUUUUAUUGCCUCUGGCCGGAAUGGCUCAGCUGCCGGAAGUUCUGGAUAUGAUCGUCAAGAACGAAGGGCUACGGGAGACAGGAAGGGGGUCGGAUCGUGAACCUGGGGAUGAGCUACUGAAACAGUCAGAGAUGGAGAAGGUUUCGGAGACUCUUCGUGGCCGUUUGGCUGAUGCGACCCGUCUAACAGCAGCAGGACUGCAAUAUGUUUUGUUGGCACUUGAGCUAGCCAAGCCCAAGCAGCUAGAGAGAAAGCGCAACGAAGCCGGUGAUGAGGAAUCCAAAGGCGAGGCAAUCAGUCCACUUGAUCCAGAUUUUACGUCUCGAUUUGAACAACAAACGAUCAAGUACUUUGAACGGCGCAAGGAUCUCCCACGAUCUUUGGCGAGUCUUGGAGCAUUCUCGGCAUCCGAAAAGGUUGACGACAUAUCUACUGACUCCAGAGAUGUCGUGCCUGACUCCGAUGUCAGACAGGAAUUUUUCUUAAUUCUGUACAUGGGCCAUCUACAGGAGAGUCUCCUCAACGGGGUGCUCGAUCUGAUUAAAUUCGCGGAUAGCAAAACUACCGACGGAACAAUGACGAAGAGCAGACCGAUCUUCCCCAUGCAAAGCUCCGUACGGGAAUGGUUAUCGUUAAAGUCUGAGAAGAAUGAAUCGAGUCGCUCGGACAGCAGGCAGUCUUCCCAGUCCAAUCCGGCCCCUGAGGAUGAGCCCGACCGGUUCCCUGAUCCAGAGCAUCUACCCCCAGCUAACCUCCUGGAGAAAGCGAGCACUAUCAUUCGCUUUAUAUCACACGUUAUCAAGUCGGAGCAAAGUAUUUUCGGGUUUCGCGUUGCGGCCGCAGCAUUCUCUGUCGGCAUAUUGGCGUUUUUACACCAGACACAGAACUUCUUCGUUCGCCAGAGGUGCAUCUGGGCUAUGAUUGUCAUUGUGAUUGGGAUGAAUCCAACAAGUGGGCAGUCUAUGUUCGGCUUCGUGACCCGUAUUGUAGCCACCGCUGUCUCGCUAGUCUUGAGCCUGGUUGUCUGGUACAUUGUCGAUCAGAAAACCCCUGGUGUCAUUGUGUUUCUAUAUCUGGCUAAUGUAUUCGAGUAUUACUUCUACGUGAACGUCCCUCAAUACUUCGGCGCUUCCGUCAUCUCGAUCGUCACUCUGAAUGUCAUCAUUGGAUAUGAACUACAGGUCCGCAAACUAGGAAUAGAGGUCGCAACCUCCAACGGCCAGCCAUACUACCCCAUCUACCUCUUCGGACCCUACAAGCUGGCCGCCGUCGCCGCCGGAUGCGCCAUAUCCUUCUUCUGGGUCAUCUUCCCCUACCCGAUCACCGCGAAAUCCACACUGAGAAAAUCCGUCGGUCGAGCACUAUUCGUGCUCGCCAAAUUCUACAGCUGCAUGCACACAACCGUCGAGCUAUGGCUGAACGGCGAACUCGGCAAUGGCCAAGACACGCUCUCAGCAUCAUACAAGUUAGAAACAUCACGACACAAAAUCUUCAAAGAAGAAAUGAUGCUCUUAAACCAGCUCCGCACACACAGCCACUUCAGCACAUACGAGCCUCCCAUUGGCGGCAAAUUCCCCAAAGCAACAUACGACCACAUCAUCUCCGAGAUCCAGCGCAUGCUCACCAGCAUGGCGCUGAUGGCACACACCACUCAGCACCUGAACGUCUCGUCCAGGGAAUCGGAAAGCGUUCGUGGCUCAGACGAAAGAUGGGUCUCACAGCUAGCCUCGAUUGCGUUACAGUCUGCCGACUUCCAUUCCCAUUCUGUUACCUCGCUGCUUUGCCAUUUGUCGGCUUCGUUGGCGAAUGCCCAGCCGUUGCCCCCCUACCUGUCUGCCGGUGACUCUUUCCCACUGGCCCGGCAUUUGCAAAGGAUUGACGGUGAGUUGCUGAGCAUUCGCCAUGUGCAGGAUCCGGCCUUUUCGGCGUUUGUAACACUGGAGGUGUUGAGUAAUGUGAAAACACUCGUCGGGGAACUUAAAUUCGACAACUAUACUCGGGGCACGUUGGAAGACGCCGAGUCAGCGAGAUUAUUAUCGACGACCACUGAACCAUGA